AUGAACCCGAGAACCCGCUCUUCGCACCGUGCCUUUGCACGCCAGGGCGAGCCCCAGAACGACCCCCAGGACCUUCAGGACGAUCAGUCCUCCGAUGUUCAGCCAGAGCAGGAACAUGAUGAAGGUUUUCCCGAUAAAGAACUGUUCCAUGAUUCGGAACAAGUGAUAGAUGACAUUGAUGUCAAUCGAAUCCCUAUGGCCAAAGAAAGGUUCCUAGAGGAGAUCAAGAAGAACCCGGAAGUGGUUUACGAGGUUAUGAGAGCUAUGCAUGAGCUCGAAAUUAAGGAAACAAAUCGCGCCCAGAAAGCUAUCCGCAUGCUUGAAAAUGAUAUUGCCGAAUUGACUGCUGAACGUAACGCUAUUGCAGUAAAAUGGGCCCUCUCUAGGGAUCGAGCUGAUUCCUCCGGUAGCCACCGAUCUACCAAAAUCUCUGACCCACCAAUGCUUAACAACGGCGAGGACCCGACCUUCGAAAACUGGCAAUUAGCAAAUACCAAGUCUUACCUUUCGGCUUGA